GUACAACGCCUCACUGCACACACUGUACUAUAAAAAACAAAACUCUUGCCGCUCUUCACUACUCUACUCCCCCUACCUUAUCUUCUUCCCCUUCAGUUCAGGCCUUCUUCCUCUGUAUUUUUUCACACACUGAGCAUCCAAUACCACUCGACAAUGUCAAGCACUCCAGCUGAAGAAGAUGCUCGACCAGAGCCCAAAUACGCCGCUGAAGAAGAUUCAGAAUCGGAAGCCACAUCCACAGAAUCCUCAUCCGACUCGGACUCGGACUUGGAGACGGACUCGGACUCGGACUCCGAUGAAGAACCCAUUUCCUACAUCCGACCCGACGGCAGAGGUCAGGAACCCAAUCCCGACGACCUCGAGGACGAGAACACCCCCGAAGCCAACAUCAGCCGUUUCAGCAAAAUCCUCUUCUCGAAGCGCAUGCGCAGGGAGUUGGAGGAGAAGGAAGAAAUUGAUAACCACGAAGACCUCUUCGAUUUUCCUCCGGACCCGGAGAACUGGCGGGAGGAGGAUUUGAAGGAGUUGUGGGCGGAUGCUCCGCUUGAGAUGACUAAACCGGGUUGGGACCCGAAUUGGGUGGACGAGGAGGAGGUGGAUAUUAUCAGCGAGGAGAUUAAGGCUGGCCGUGAUCCGCCCAUUGCCCCGUUUUACGUUCCCUACAGGAAGCCUUAUCCGGCGAUUCCGAAUAACCAUCAUGAUAUCUCGAAUCCCAAGGCUGUAAUUGAGGAGCUGGACAGGAUUGAGGAGUUCUUGAGAUGGGUUAGCUACAUUUUCCCCGAUGGCAGCACGUAUGAAGGCACUGUUUGGGACGACUUGGCUCAUGGAAAAGGUGUAUAUGUUGCUGAGCAAGGGCUGGUCAGGUAUGAAGGAGAAUGGCUCCAAAACAACAUGGAAGGUCAUGGAGUUGUUGAAGUGGAAAUUCCCACCAUGGAACCUAUUCCCGGUUCCAAGCUUGAGGCAAAGAUGCGAGCCGAAGGUAAAAUAAUAUCAAGAGACUUUAUGUCCCCUGAAGAUAGGGAAUGGCUUGAGAUGGACAUUGAAGACAGUUUGCGGUUAGCUAAUGGAGAAUAUGAAAUCCCUUUUUAUGAAAAGGAUGAGUGGAUCAGACAAUUCGGAAAGAAGCCGGAGAAAGGCCGGUACCGGUAUGCUGGUCAAUGGAAGCAUGGGAGAAUGCAUGGUUGUGGUGUAUAUGAACUCAAUGAGCAAACAAUAUAUGGGCGGUUCUAUUUUGGUGAACUUUUGGGAGAUCCAACUGGUUGUGAUGCAGAAGUGUCGGCGCUGCAUGCAGGUAUAGCAGAGGUUGCAGCUGCAAAGGCGCGCAUGUUCAUCAACAAGCCAGAUGGAAUGGUCAGAGAAUAUAUGGGUCCAUAUUCUGAUCCUCAACAUCCCUACUUUUACGAGGAGGAGGAUGUGUGGAUGGCACCAGGCUUUAUCAAUCAAUUCUAUGAAGUCCCCGAUUAUUGGAAAAUGUACGUCCAUGAGGUCGAUCAAGAGAGGGAGAUGUGGUUGAACUCAUUCUAUAAAGCUCCGCUCAGGCUACCUAUGCCUUCUGAACUUGAAUACUGGUGGUGGUGCAAAGAUGAAAAACCAGAAUUUGUUCUGCUGAAUAAAGAACCGGAGCCUGAUCCUGAAGACCCGUCCAAACUUGUCUAUGAUGAAGAUCCCCUCAUCCUACACACUCCAACUGGAAGAAUAAUAAACUAUGUGGAUGAUGAGGAGCACGGGAUUCGGUUAUUUUGGCAACCUCCAGUGAAGGAGGGGGAAGAUGUCGAUCCAGACAAGGCUGAGUUCCUACCUCUUGGGUAUGAUGAGUUUUAUGGACGAGAAGUGGAUGCCCAGAAAGAGAACUUGUGGAUGCGCUUUCUAACUGCUGUGGAUAAAACGUGCAAACCUAUUUUCAAAAGACUGGAAAAAUGGACUGAAGAAAAGAAGAAAGCUGGUGAGGCAAAGAUGGAGCUACUGAAAAAAGAAAUGGAAUUGGUGGAAGCUGAGUUGUCCCUGAAAGAGACAAUUGAAGACUUGGAUGAGGAACUAAAGAUAAUGCAGAAAGAGGAGGAAAAGAAAGUGGAACAAGAGGUUGAAGAGGAAGAUAUUCCGAUGUCUGCACCAGUAAACGAGUUGCAGCCAACUCCAGCCGAAGUUGAUGAAGAGGAGGAAGAUGAGGAGGAAGAAGAUGAUACUACUCCUUCCAGUUUUGGGUCGAUUGAAGAUCAAAACUCUGCAAGUAACGAUGAGAAGGGAAGUAAAUUUGGAAAGUCCACCUUUGCAGCAUCUUCCCUAUCAUUUGCAAAUGCGAAUCUCAUCUCGUUGGUUCCACUACAGUUGCAGAAUUCAUUUUUAAGGUGGAGUAAGGGAAAAUUUCAGAAGCGCCCGUCUGCUUCUAUUUCUCCAAACCAGCUUCAUCACUUGUCACCCAAGAGACAGGAUUUCACGACUGUUAGCUUCUCCCUUGCAGCAGGUAAAAGCUUGAAACUGAGAUGUACUAGGCAAAUACCUCAUGUACAACACAUCUCCAGGUUGAGCUCAAGAUAUCACUCAAAAAAGAAAGCUUCAAAGGAGUCAGGACGAGUAUUGGAGCAUCUCAACAUACUGUCGUUGCACACUCCGCUAACAAUGUAAUCCCAUGUCUCUCAUUCUUUACAAUUUUGUAGCACCAGCGGCUAAACACUCCGUUUUGAGCUUCUGCAUUCUUGUACUGGACAACUCGUUUUUUGCUGAGUUAAUAUGCAUGAUCGUGGCUCAUACCAUCCCUAGCAAUACCAACUGUAAUGUGCUUAACUCACGCCUGCCAAAGACGUUCCAACACUUUUGGUUGUGUCUAAGUCAUGGAAAACGUAGACCGUAGUACUAGAGGAUUAUGGUUCAACGUAAGUUUAUGUGAGGAAA